AGGGUCACUGUUUUGAUACAUUUCUUUGCGGCAAAUGUCUAAGUGACACAAAUGAACACGCAAUUGAAUGUCCGGUCAGGGUUUCGGUUAAUUCGACGGAAAAAAACGAUUAUUGUCUCUUUGAGAUGUCGGGAAGCUAUUGAAAGGUAACAUCUCCGGUGAAAAUGGGUAAUGGAGCAAAUUCAAGGCCUCAUAAUUCUUUGGUAGUGCAACCGAGUCAACGGCACGUUCCUCAUAAUGGUCAACCUCCGUUGGGAUAUUCAAGCUCGUAUCCCGGUUAUUUUGCUAACGGUGGGGAUGCCUAUGGUCAGAGAUUUCAUUCGCAAUACGGCUCUCAGUCUUACUACACGGGAGAUUACGGUUCUAGGAACGGCUGGGCUCCCCAGAGUUCUGUUUCGUACGGUUCUACAUCCAAUGGUUAUGGUUACCAUGGGACACACGAUGAACAUCCCAGUCCACAUUCUAGGCAAAUGCCACCCAGAAGGGACAGGUAUGACAGGAAUCAUCAGGGUACGUCACAUCAAUCUGCUCUUUCUUCGCAUCAUCAUCCGAAAAGAGCGAGAACUAACGGGCAAUUAAGCGGUGGACGUCAAACAGGUUAUCGAAACUGGCAAGAUGGGAAUAAAAGUUCCAGUUCAGACGAAAUAGUAUUCGAAGUAUUUCACUGUGUAAAGACAGGAAGGGAUUACAGUGUGAUCAACGUGGAUGGAGUCAGAUAUCUUGUCAAUUCGUGGGAUGCAGGUAGAGACAUACCUUGCGUUCUUGUGUAGCUGUGCAUACUUUUGUUUAUAUACAACACAUUAAUUUUAAAACCACUUGUAAACUAUAGUUUUCAUACAAUUUAACUUCUACCUGACUUGAUCAUCUACACCCAGCCUUCAGAAAAAAAUUUCCAGCCAGACCUUAAUCCGGCUUUUAUUUGCUUAGAAGAUGGAAAUAAGAGCUUGAAAAAAUAAUGACUUAGACAUGCUCAUCUUUGUCUGACACAGGCUUAUUCUAGAAAAAUACUGAAAAGAAACCAGGAAGCACCUGUUAGUUACCAUAUUGUUUUAGGCCACAUCCUAAUGAAAUCUGAUAUUUUUAAAACCCAUAUAUUUUUUUUUCCAUGAACUGGCCUUUCCUCCACACAAAACCAGUGAAUUUCCUUACCGAAACCACAUCCUCUUGAAAUGGCACUUCAGAGUGUUUUAAGACCCCAGCCACACAAAUCUUGGUAAAAAUAUGUGUUAAAAAAUUAUGCAGAUUAAUGUGGAUGGGGCUUUAGUUGUCUUAGUUGUUGUGAAUUAUCUGAAGGAUGCACUCUCCGAAAUGGGAGGCACCCCUUGCAAAGAAGUAAGUGCCCCUACUCUUUUGCUAAAUUAGCCCCCUCUCUCACUGCCUUCUUUCUAGGAAGUCUUUCUCCAAGUGAUUAUGGGCUGCUCCCUCUCUCUCCUUUUAUUAGGUUUUAGUUCAUUGUUAAUCGGCCAUUUACACCCUUACACUGACCAGCUUGUUAUAAUCAGACAGUCGUCUUUGCAAGUAGCCAUUCCUCACUGCUUUAUGAAACAUAAAUGUCCUUUAAGAGUUGAGAAAAUGUUGACAAAAGAUGUACUUUUUUAUUUUUAACCAAAUUCUCCUCAUUAGUAGUGAAAGGAAUGUUUAAUGAGUCUAGCCUUGAGAUUCAAGACUUGAUUUUUAAAAAUUUUGAGAAUCAAGAAUCGAGUUUUGUGUCUCAAAGAUUGAGGUGCUAGUGGCUGUCAACCCUUUGAUUGGUACUGUACCUUAUAUUUUGUAGUGAGUAAGAUGUAGUUUAGUUUAGAGGCAGAGGCUAAACUUGUAGCAUGGACAAGCAUGUUCUGAGCAAGUAAAAAAUCAACUGAAUGAAAAGGGACUGGUCUCAGUCUUUAUUGCCAGUUACCAGAGGAGCCCAUAAUCCUAUUCUCUGAAUUGCUAUCAUGUAUGCUUAGCAGAUAUGAUACCAGAGGAGCCCAUAAUACUAUUCUCUGGGUGGCUAUCACGUAUGCUUAGCAGAUAUGAUACCAGAGGAGCCCAUAAUACUAUUCUCUGGGUGGCUAUCACGUAUGCUUAGCAGAUAUGAUACCAGAGGAGCCCAUAAUACUAUUCUCUGGGUGGCUAUCACGUAUGCUUAGCAGAUAUGAUACCAGAGGAGCCCAUAAUACUAUUCUCUGGGUUGCUAUCACGUAUGCUUAGCAGAUAUGAUACCAGAGGAGCCCAUAAUACUAUUCUCUGGGUGGCUAUCACGUAUGCUUAGCAGAUAUGAUACCAGAGGAGCCCAUAAUACUAUUCUCUGGGUUGCUAUCACGUAUGCUUAGCAGAUAUGUGGCCAGCAUUUGUUUGGACUUCCACUAAGAAAGAAUGAGAUGCAUACAUGGAAUGCAAUCUGGUUGAAAAUCCUUAAAUAAGAAUGACCCAGACGAGGUUUCAGGAGCCCAUGAGACUGCGCACCCCAGCCAAACCCUUGCUUUCACUAAAACCGCUGGACAACACAACCUGGUUGAGGUCAUUGUUAUCUAAAGUCUUCCAGCCUGAUCACGCUCGUUUGUACCCUCUUUCACUCGUAAUCUGAUCACAUAUGUUUUGCCAUCUAUCACUUCAAACUAACAUGUAUGCAAAGCAUCAGUGCUGGGGCAAGAGUGUUUUGACCUUUGAUCAGAAGCACGAAACUCGCCCACACUUCCAGCCCUUUGGUUAUUACAAAUAGUAAUCUGUGUGUCAAGCAGGAGUGGUCCGUUCAUGUCUAUCUACCCCCUUUGUUGUCCUGUCUUUUCUUCUUCCCUUAUAAGUUCCACUUAUUACCUUCUAUCUCGUGUACAGGGGAUGAAUUACAACCAUUUCCUGAAGAUUGGUACCAACAUGGCUACAUAGAAAGUCAGCAACCUGUGACAGCAAACUAUGUGGAAUAUGACGAGGGAUCAUAUGAUGAUGGGCAGCGGUCUGAUGAAGGAUGGGUUCCAAGAUGGGAGGAUGACCGUAUGGGAAUGAUGGAACAUCCUGUUAGAGGUACACAAUGACUGUAGCUACUACACUGUAGUCCUCUACAAAUCUUUUGUCCUUCUUGCAGUGUUCCUGUACAGUGUACUGAUGCAAAGACUGGCGACAAGACUACACCUCAGGGAUAUUCAGUUGACUAAACUGCAAAACAGUGUUCAAAUGUUUCUCGUCAGCUUUAUCUUACAUUAGAUAAAGUUAUAUAUUUUGUCCCGCAAGUACUAAUGGUGAAAGCUUCAUUGCGAGUGCAAAGGGCCUGUUUUUCAUAAAAACUUUUUACACCAUUCAUCGCCGCCCUGUCCCUACCCUCUUUAGACUCUUGUGCAGUUUCGUGUUUAGUUUUUUAGCACCUUUUAACCGAUUUUCUUGGGUCGGGUUAUUCUGCUUGUCAGUUAUUUAUAUGAGAAACGUAUGCAAAAACGAACUCAUUCUGGUUUAUUGUAAUGUAUACUGUGUCUUUGUUAUUUAGAGUGGUAUGCAGUUUAGUACCCUAAGGAAUCAAUGUCAUGGUAAACCCUUAUAUGUAACUUUCUCCAAGGGGCAUACCAUAGGUGUCUAUUGUCCAUAGAAAGUGAAAAAAAAGACAUAAGUGAAGAAGGUGUCCAUUUUAGGGUAGUGUCUGCCUAAAAGAGAGUUCAAGAAAACAAUUCAAGAACAAAGGAGGGCAACUCUAGUUUUUUUUUAUUAAGGUGGUUUCUGCCUUAUAGAGAGUCAAAGAAAACAACUCAAGAACGAAGGGGGCCAACUUUAGGUGUUGGCAUUAAAGAGGUGUCUGUCUUAUAGAGAAUCAAAGGAAAUGAUGGAAGAACUGCAAGGACCAACUUAACUGUAGCUGUCCGUUUUCAGAGGAAGAGAGUUGACUACACACUGUAUUUUUAUCUUUUAUUUCAGGAUUGUUGAAUACCUACUUUGAAGAGACCAAGCUCAACGUGUUGAGCGUGUAUGAUAACGUAUCAGGCACGUGGCUGAAGAUGCCGCUGUCGUGGGAGCUUCAUGUUCCUGACAUCAGAUCACGUGUUGUUGCUAUUCAAGAGGCAUUUCCAGCCUGGGACGAUCAAUUUGAAAUCCUGGCGAUGCUGAGGCAAUGCAACUAUGAUCUGGACGAAGUCACUAAUACAUACAUAACUUUACUGGCAGAGGACAUGGGGAAGAAAAGGCCAGGAACUAAACAAAAAAGCCGCUCCUCCUCGGGGCAAGAUCACGCGGCAGAGGUUGAAUUGUUGAAGGAGAAGAUUGAACAACUCGAAGGACAGCUUCGUGAGAAAGAAACGAAGCUGGAGGAAUCCUGUUCGGCAAAUGAAGACUUGAAAGUUAAGCUGAAGUCAUCGGAAGAAAUGGUUAGGAAACUUCAAAUUAAAGGAACGAAUUUACAACGAGAGAUACAACAACUGAAAUCAGUGCCGGAGCCACCAGUCCCUCAACCUGCGGUACAAGUAGUACCUUCACCCAAAGCACCAAAGAUUAACAAAGAGACUUGUCGGAAUAUUGCGUCGACAGUUCGAAUAUUUUCUCAGAUGCUAGUUGAAAUAAGAAACUGCUUCACCAGCGAAAUGGAUGGAAUUGCUUCAGUUCUAGAUCAAGCGCAGAGCUCUCUGCGCAAAAUGAAAAACUUAGACCAGGGAUCGAGCAAGGAGGUUAUGGAGCUUCGCGCACUGUAUCAUAAAGAGGUCAUGGAAAGAAAGCUUCUUUACAAUAAACUUCAAGAAUUACGCGGCAAUAUAAGAGUUUUCUGUAGGUGUCGCUAUGACCCUAAAGGCGACAGUGUUUUUACAUUCUCCACGGAUCAGGACUUGAAUUUAACAUCGAGCACGGGACAAAAAAAGUCGUUCAGAUUUGACAGAGUAUUCACACCAUCCAGCUCACAGGAGGAAGUUUUUCAAGACACUCUUCCACUUAUUACGUCAUGUGUUGACGGGUACAAUGUCUGCAUUAUGGCCUAUGGCCAGACUGGUAAGCUAAAUAUAAACUUGUCAGUAGGUGAAAGAGAGAACGGGCGCGCGCGAGGGGGACACGCGUGUCUCCUUCUCGCGCGCCCGUUUUUUCUUGUGCCUACUACUUCGAAGCGCCUGCUACGCAGGCUAGCUCUCUAGGGUCCGUGUUAUAGAUCUGUUUACUUAAGGUCGCCAAUUCUUGGGAUCGUUACCCCAACAGCUAGCCUGCGAAUACAGCCGUUUCUCCUUGCUCCUCUGGAGAAACGGCUGUAUUCGCAGGCUACGCAACAGCGCGUGACGCCAAUUACUACGGGCCCGUAGCAGUUCCUCCCCCAAGGGGAGAUAGACCACAACCCCGGGGGUUACGUCCCAGGGGUUCGCCACCUUAAAAACGAGAAGGAAACUGGACCGAGUUAACUUUUGCAAAGACCUCUGGGAUCGUUAUUGGGGACGCGCCGGAUAAGCGUACUUUCCCCCUAUUUCUAACCAUUCCCCCCUUUAAGAACUCUAACCUCCCGCUCUUUCCCCUCCCGCCCCCUGUACCCCUAUUCUUCCUGGCCCCCCAAGCCCCUGUCAUGCUAUGCGCCUCUUUUCACGAUUAGUGGUAUAGCGCUCAGUGUAUUUUGUACAGAGUAAAAUCUGUAACUGAGCGAGAUUUUAGUACAAAUCAUUCAGUUAUUGGACUAUUCGGGUGAGACGAAAUUAAAGAGAGCAAGUUGUUACUUCAGUUAAGUAAUCUCGUGCUUAUAGAAGCUAGCCCUAAAUAAGGAAAGAAUAAAAUUUACUGCAGUAGAAAAUAUACUAAACAGCUCAAUUAACCCUUUAAGCCCUAAGAGUGAUCAGCAUGAAAGUUCUCCUUAUUAUAUCAAUGCUUUAGAAAACAGAGUGGUCAUGAGAAUUGAGUACAUGAUCUGGAAAGUUGAGUCUGAUGUUUUAAAAAAUUCUCCUCACUACUUCUAUUGAAAAAGUAUAGGGAUAGUAAAUGCGAAUCCCAAUUUUAAUAUUAGGGUUUAAAGGGUUAAGCCUGAUUCUCAUACCGUAAAAUUCCGAAAAUAAGCCCCUCCAUCUAUAAGCCCCUCCAUCUAUAAGCCCCUCCAAAUAUAAGCCCCCCAAACCGGUAACGCAAAAAACCCUCCGUUAAAUCGUCCCUCCAAAUAUAAGCCCCCCGGGGGCUUGUACUUGGAAAAUUGCCCUCAAAUACAAAGUAAAACAAAGCAAGAACGGUAAAUUUACUUCCAACUAUGAGGCGAACCCAAUCGGUUUUGAAACGCAAAUUUCCGCUCCGCAGAUAAGCCCCUCCGAAUAUAAGCCCCUCCAAAAAUAAGCCCCUCAAAAAGGGCCUUUGAAAAAUAUAAGCCCGGGCGCUUAUUUUCGGAAUUUUACGGUAUGCUGCCGAUGUUCCUGUGACUCAGCUGUCAGUACUGCCUGCGAUACUGCUCCGAUAUAUGAGAACAUCCGCUGCCGGCCAAAAGAAGCAAUGCGGGUCUUUACCGCCGGCAUGCCUGUCAAGUUGAACUUGAUUCAACUUCGCUGUCAACGUGAUUCCAAUUUAUAUUCCAGGGGCGGGGAAGACAUAUACGAUGAUGGGAACAGACCAAGACCCGGGUGUAAACAUCCGAUCCAUUCUUGAACUUCUGAGAGUUUGCGAAGAGCGAGCAAAUGUGGAUUACUCGAUGUGCGUUUCCAUGGUUGAGGUGUACAAUGAGACAGUGAGAGAUUUGUUGAGCGACAACAGCAGCUCACAGCAACUGAACAUUAUCAUGAGGAGCAAACAGCUUGUUAUCACUGAUGUUACUGAGGUUGUUGUUAAAUCGGCUUCGGAUAUUAAAAGUAUCAUGCAGAAAGGUAAUACUCUCAUUUGAGAAACCUGUAUGUGAAACCUCCAUAUAACGAAGGCCCAAAGGACUGGCAAAAUUUGUUUGCUAUAACGAGGUUCUUUUUCAUAUUUAUUCCACUAUUUCAGGGACGAAGAAUAUCGUUCGUUAUACCGAGGACUUUGUCGUAUUAGUAGAGGCUCGUUAUAUGGAGGUUCCACUGUAUAUACAUAACGUUUGAGUUAUGUGGGAUCUUUUUUUUUAUUUUGCGACCUUCUGGCCACAGAAAGAAAAUUGUUCUUAGUAUUCGAAGUUCGAAGAAUUUGGGAAAAAAAAUACAAUGUUUAACUGGGGAAGGGAAGACAUUGUUCAAAGCUGAGGUGAAAUCACAACUAAGUAUUGUCAGUCAUCUCAUAGUCUGUCGCGUUAAAAAGUGUGAAAAUGGAAGGAUAUCAUAUGAUUCUUAUCGAAAGAAGGAAAAAAAAGCAAAACUAUCAGUUUUUGGUCUUUUUUUGAAUAACACAGAAGUUUGACAUAAAAAAUGUUAGUUUUUCAGUUCAAGCUGCAAUCGGUUUCUAUCGUGACCAUCGAAAACCAUUAAUGCACACUAAUGUUGAGAUUAUAGUAGUGGAAUUAGGGGAAUUUUAGAUACAACGUUACCAUUUUGUCGGGGUUAUCUUUGAUUGCAAUGCGUUUUAGGGUUCUUAAAGUAUUAGCAAAAAAUCGUGAUAUAGUUACUUUAACUGAUAUAUCAAAAGCGUGUAAGUUCAAUACCUGUAGAAAACACGUGCGCACGCAUGCCCUUAAUUUUACUUACGUUUUAAUUCUGAUUAGCUUUAUUCACUUUUUGGAAUAACCACAGGACCAGGUGUAAGGCUCAAGUAGUAACCAUCGCAAGCUUUUUGUGGCUGGCUUAAACUUUGCUCUUUCGCUUUUUUCAGGCGACAUGAACCGUUCCGUUGGUGCCACAAAAAUGAACACGAACAGUUCCCGUUCUCACCUGCUUCUGCUGCUGAAACUCCAAGGCACUGAUCGCGUGACAAAUGCCGUCACGCGUGGUACGCUGACCCUUGUUGACUUAGCAGGCUCGGAAAGAAUCUCCAAAACCGAGGCUACGGGACAAAGACUGGUCGAGGCCGCGGCUAUUAACAAAUCGCUGUCAGCACUUGGCCAAGUGUUCGCGGCGCUGCGGACAAAUGCCAUGCACGUGCCUUACAGGAAUUCCAAGUUAACGCAACUGAUGCAGAGUUCCCUUGGGGGUGAUGGCAAGGCUUGUUUGUUCGUCAAUGUCAGUCCCCUUGCGAGCAAUCUCAGCGAGACCUUGAGCACGUUACAGUUUGGGUCAGCGGCCAAGCAAGUGCAACUUGGGAAGGCUACGCAAAAUGUCACCCCAGCUCCUAAGAAAAAUUAAUCGGAACAAAAAUUUUAUGGUUGUUUUUAUAUCCCUGAACGCCAUGACCAAUUUCCUUGGCCGAGUCCUCUUUGAACAAAAUGACAUAUUUUCAAUUUUGACUAAGAACAGGCACAGGCGGCCAGGAGUUCGUUGGAAGUUGAAUUUUGUAAGAGAAUGUCUAAAACUCGUCAAAACGACUUCGAAAUGGCUCUAAAAGUGAACUGACUGUAAAACACACAAAACAAACAAGAGGUGAGUCAAUUUUAUUUCGAAACGUUUUUUAAAAAAGCGGAAUUUAGAACGUUUUUGUAUGUUCUUAUAGAGAAAGAGUCUAUAUUCUUAGAGUCUGGGCCGCCUGUGGAAUAGGCUGCCUCAAACAAUGCCAUAAAACGUGUUGGCCUCAGCCUCUCCCGGGCAAGGAAUCCUUGAAGUUUAAUUCUCGAAGCAUUCUAGUAGCUGUAGUAAAAUGACGUCAUCGUGCAAUUGUCCUAUUGGUUCUGCCCCGAUGGUGGUAGCUUUAUCAUACGCAGUUCUUAAAGAUUUCCUGCUCAAAACAAAAGGCGUUUUCAAGAUGCAUUGCGCCACCUAAACCUGCAAUUUUAAAAAUAGAUGUCGUGAUUAUUGUAUUUAUAAGCCCUGUCCUUCUCUCUCCAACCUGCUUUAAUUUUAAAAAUUCUCCGCACUCAGUUUGAAUUGUCACACUAUAGGAGUUCGUUCAGAGUCAAAAGCUGGAAGCGCAUUAAAUGUCUCUAUGACUCAGUGUCACUUGGAGUUUGAGGGCUCAAAGAGCUGUUUGAAAGACAACGGCAAAAAAAGCUACAACCAUGUGAAACGAAUAUUUGGUCAAAAGAAAAAAGAACUAAAUUAAUUAUUUAUUAAAUCGAUCUUUUAUGAUUAGCAGUGUAAGUUGGAUAUACGAGGCGCAGCCGAUGGAUAAGUUAAUGAAAUUCUUUUGUAUUUCGUAGAUAAUGUUUAAAAUAUUUUGUAAUUAUAUUGUAUUGAAAAAUGUGCUUUUUGUCAACGCCAAACUUUAGGUUGCUACAAAUAUAAAUUACUUUUAUACAGAGG